UUGUUCCAAAAUCUAGUUUCUUUCAUACAUUUUUCUUUUUAGUUUUAGGAAAAUAAAUUUGUCCAAGCUAGAUUAAAUAUUUGAUUUAAAGAAAUCUUGAAUUAUAUUUAAAGGAUUAUAUAACUGUUAUUUUCAGGGUUUCAAAUUCUAACAACCUCAGGCUUUGUUUGGUGAAGUUUUAUUUUUCAACUUUUUGGACUUGGCCCCGUACUUUUGUAGGGCUGAGAUUGAGAAGCGUGAUGUCCGACAGAACGUGAAGGCGUCAGGACAGUGUGCAGGUAGAGGCCGUCAAUGAGAUCCUGGGAAAGAGAGAGGGAGAGAAAGAGUGAAAGGGGGAGAGAAGAACAGCUUCAGAAGUGUUUUCUUCACUUAUUCGGCGUUUGUCAGGAGAUUCUGAAAGUUUGGAGAACGUUUACAUUUUUUUCUUCACAUGUUUCUGUUCUGUUUUCCAUUUUUAUAUUGCCCUCGUUGGUCUCAAGAGGAUCGUAUCUCAUUUCUCUCAGUGCGACAGAGACACCGAACACGGAUUUUCCCCCUUUUUGUUCUUGUUUUUACUUUUUGUCGUUUAUAGAAGCGCAGUGAUUUUUAAAAGGAACCGACGGCAUAGAACGAGGUGGAUGAGUCUUGUUUAGGGGUCGCCUCCCUUCUAGACUCAACGUAAUUACUAAGUUGGAAUAAGUGAGUUAAGGCAACGGUUCGUUUGAUUAUGAUGGUUAAAUAGAGCGAUGUAUGUCGAAUUUACCAACUAUUGGUGCUGUCCCUUUUAUGAUGAGCCGACAUUUUGGCUCUGCAUUAUAGUUCAACACGCCUUAUAACGUUUCCGGCGGCCACCUGUGAGUUGAGCCUUUGAAGUUGGAGCGUGUCAGUGGAUUCACGUCGAAAAUGUGGCGCCGACGGGACGUGUUGCCUUUUGACGCUGUUUGUCAACUCGUCUUGCGUCGCAGAUGCGAUGUGUGACUCUGACUGACGCACACUGUAAUAACAGCCACAUUAACGGACCCGAGUGUCGUUUGGAUGAAGAUUGAUCCAGUGUGGCCAGGACCUGCCCUCUUCUUAGCCGGGAGAGGACCCGAGAGUCCAGGCUGUGUCCUCAUCAGGACUUCACGUUUCUGCCGUCUGCUGUUGGAAACCAAUGCUGCACACUUUCAGUCACAACGCAGCGCGACGUGUCUUCAUGGUGCAUUUGUGUGUGCACACUUUCGCUCCUCAUACUAAUGACACUGGAUAAAAGUUCACCAGCGCAUUUUUUGUAUAUAUAUAUUUUUUUCCAAACUCUGUGAAGUUAUCGGUUUCUGUGCCGAUGCCGUGGGCACUGAGUGACAGAGUUUGAAUAUUAACUCUGGCGCUGAAUGUAAGUGUGAGUUAUGAGUUUGAGUUAUGCUGGCAGCCCUCCAGCACUUUUAAACAUUUGGAUUGAAUCUCUUCUGCAGUAGACGCCAAGAGACGUGGAACGUUUAUAAAUAUAUACAUAUAUUUUGUUUUAAUCCGCCUGCCUGCUUUGAAGUCACCAUGUGCGGCCGAGCACAGCCACAGCACCCGAGGCCAUGACUGUCCCCCAGCGGCGCCGGGCCGGGCUCUGGCCGUGGCUGCUCAUGGCAGCCUUGCAGCAGGUGGUGCUGGCCCAGCCGGGCUUGGAGCCCGAGCGGCCGGUCCUGCGAGCGCUCAUCAAGGUGACGCUGCUGAAGAACGAGCCCACGGGGAAGCCCAUCACUUUGGAGGGGGUGUUCGUAGGAGGAAGUGCCGGAUAUGCGGAGGGGAAGCUCAUGCAGUACCACCCUUUGUCUCUUUGCAACACCAGCGAGGAUGAAAGGCAGGAGAGUGACUUCAUCACCAUUGUCAAGCUGGAGCACAGAGUACCCCGCUGUCUGUCACUGCCGGAAAAGGCUCGCAUGGCCCUGGAGAAAGGAGCUCAGGCCGUCAUAUUUGAUGUCAGUGACGACGCCAAGGCUGCUGCUGAGUUGCGAGAAACAGAAGCACUUCCCCGUCCCGUGGUGCUGGUGGAGGCUGAGGACGCUGAGGAGCUGAUGGGUUUGGUCAACAAGAACGAGGAGGCCAAAGUUCGCAUUGAGAUCUUGAUUGAGCAGUCGAAAUGGCCACAUUACGAUGUUGGUAUCCUGCUCACCGUCUUCCUGGCCAUUUUGACCAUCGUCCUAAUCUUUGUCUUUCGCUACAAGUGCAAGUCCAGUAGGACAUGGGACUCUGUUCAUCAGCAGACGAUGCGGGCUAUUAAACGACUGAAGAUCAGAAUCUACAGGUCUCCUGACUGCUCCGGUUCACAGCACCAGCGAGGGGCCUGGGGGUCUGCUAGCUCCAACUCAAACCCUGUCUGCGCUAUUUGUCUGGAGGAGUUCCAGGAUGGGCAGCAUUUGAGGAUCGUCUCCUGUGAUCACGAGUUUCAUAAAGACUGUGUGGAUCCCUGGCUACUGCAGCACCGCACCUGUCCCCUCUGCAAGCACAACAUCAUGGGUGAGGACAAGUAUAGUUACAGGACAGAGCGGCAACCACCAAGGAACAGGCUCCAGCAAAGUUCAGAACAGAGUCAGCGUUUCCUGCACCCUCAGUCUUACAGCAGCGCACACAACCACCCCUUCCCUCAGCACGCAAUUCCUUUCUCCAUGAGACCCCACUACCCACAUGGACCAUCUGGACCGUACCCUUCACUGGGCCACUACAGUGGUUCUUCUCCCAUGGAACCUCAGACUCUGCGAUUCCUCACCAGCAGACAGCACGGCUCUGGCUGUGGCCACCGCAUGCCUGCAGAGGGCGCUCCGAGGUCCCACAGGAUUGGUAACAACUGUAGGACAUCCACUCACCACUACGCUCCGCGUCGUACCUGUCAGAACUAUCGAUCGUCCUGCCCAACCCAGCGCAGUGCGUCCUGCUCCAGGCUGCACCCCACUGCCGCCGUUACCCCACAGACGCGUGGAGCACCUGCCCACAGUCGUCACGACGAGGGCAGCUGCUCAGGGGGCAGUUACCACACGGAGCGCAGUGGAUAUUUAGCUGACGGGCCUGCAAGUGACUCUAGCUCCGGGCCCUGCCACGGCUCUUCUAGCGAUUCAGUUCUUAACUGUACUGAUGUAUCAUUGCAGGGAGUGUACGGCAGCUGGUCCACGUUCCGUAGUUCUCUGAGUAGUGACUAUGAUCCGUUUGUGUAUUAUGGGCCAAGUGCUGGCCGGGAUCCCCGAAAGAACAGCCUGGAGCACGAACCUCAGGUUCGGCCCAGGUCUCUGGACUCUGUGGGGAACAAAACGGGCUGCCCCGAAGAACAGCCGCAGACCGUGUUUAGUCACAUCCACUACCAUCGCCACAGACACCACCACUACGAGGAGGGGGAGCACAGCCCCGGCCUGAGCAGAGGUUCUGACGAGGAGCAGGGUGCUGCCGCCGCCGCCGCCGCCGUCGUCGCCGCUGCAGCUGUUCCUGUUCCCGCCGCUCCUGCUACACUUGUUGUGGGCAGAGACUCUCCUGUGUUCUCUCCUAAACACAGCCCCUGUCAGUGCCCCAAACCACACCCCCCAGAUCGUCUCAGUCCGGGUCAGGCAGAGUGUCAGGACCAAGAACUCGGCGGUUCUUCUGAACCUCCGGUUCCACUGUCCCCGAUCCCCUUACAGCUCCCUCCCCACUGCUGCCACCAGGGACCCGCACACCCACAUCCUCCUCGAAUGGGUGGCUGUGUGCUGGACGGCCCCUCUGUUUGUUUUCACCAGAGCCUGGAUUUGCAGGAUAAUCAUAGCAUACACAUUCACUACAGCCAGGACACAGGCUUCUGCUGCUCACCGCCCGAGCUGCACCCGGCUCUGCUCCCGGUCCCCCUGAUUCUGGACUCUGGGGGGGUGGAGGAGUGGCCAUGUUGCAGCGGGGCUCACGUGGUGUGGCAAAAGAGGGUGCAGCAGGCUCACUCUGAGCCUCAACUGCUGGCCCCUGGCCCAUCCAUGGACAGGUCUCCCUGCAGGUUCCACCACGGGCCAGGGCCUGAGUGCAACACGGACAUUUGUUUAUACUGCCAAACAUUACACCACAAUCAGGGAUCAGAGGAGGAGUCCGGUGUGUAACAACUUUGUUGCAUCCUUAUUUUCACGCUGCUACACAGGAGCCAGAAUGGACAAGCCUCUCACUGGCCAAACGCUCUCAUGUCUUCCACAUGAUUCCGCCAGCAACGCUUCCUGUUGGACGAAGCCACAGCUUCCUCCAGGACUCAGAGCUUUUAGUCGAGUUAGUCAGGUUAUCAAGUGAAAUUAUUGGGAUUAGAUUGUGCUUAGAAUGUGUUUUGUUUUUCAUGAAAAUACAAUGAAUGAUUUAAAUGUGUAGAGAGAGACAGAGAGGGAGUUGUUGGAGAAAUACAAUAGUGUUCUUUAUUGUUUUUCUGUCAGUUAUUGUACAAACAAACUGUUCAUUUCAGACAUGUUAUCACAGCUUCUGUGCUUUUUUUUUUUUUAGUGACAGCUAAGGAAUGGUCCUUGUUUAGGGUUUCGGGCCCUCAUGAAAUGAGACUCCACCUCUGUUCUGCAUCGCUCACUCUAUCACAGAUAAUAACUUGAUUUUCCUUCCAGGUACUUUACUGUCUGAUCUUCUUCUUCCUUCACUGAGAUCAGUCUCAGCUCAGUCCAGCCUACCUCAGCACAGAUUUCUAAACACACCUCACAGGGGAUUUUAAAAGGUACUGCUGUAAGGUUUCUUUGUCACAUCCAUGUAGAUCCCAUAAACCAAACUAAUAGCUAUCCUCUUGGCAGUCUGGCCAGUCUAAAUGAAAGAAAGGUCGAUGCUCAGCCCCUCAAACAAUGAGCAUUCACAAAGGUCACUGAGCCAUGCAUGGGGCCUAUUUUAAUUAUUUCAAUAAUGGCAGCUGAUUUAAAUGUUUUGUUUGCUUUUCUUUUUUUUGCUCUUUGUAGUCUGUAAUUUUUUUUAACCAUCCAAAAUGAACCAGUUUGACUGAAUGAUCUUGUCGUUACAAGCUAUCCUGCCUUUCCGAUCAUUUCUCUUUUUCACAUAUGUAACGUCUUUGUUGCUCCGCUUCCGAACUGCGCAGAAUGACCAGGCCCGCCUGACGCACAGCAGCAGCGUCCUGCGCUCUUAAAGUGUUCUUAGUCUGUCUUAUUGCCCAGCAAGUAAAGCUCUAGUGACAUGUUUUACAUUGCAUCUAUGAAAACACACUGUGCCUUCAUGAUGAUUAUUAUGAAACUGGAUAUUAAGCCAUGCUUGUCAGAAAGUCCCAUGAAUCAGUGAAUGCUAAUGCCGUUUACAUUAGUGACGUGUUCGAAGGCUCUGGUGUACUCAUCCUGUGAUUUUUCAAAAGCCUGAGAGAAGAAACGGACAAUUCAAGACGAUCACACGAAAGAUGCCCAGUUAUUCAAUGAAAACCCUGUGUAGAAGCACUAGAAGGGAGAGCCGACUAAAACGAAACAGAUGACUGACUGAUAAAGAAAAAAACAUUCUCUUUUUUUUUUUAAAUAUGUACAAUGUGUUUAUAAAGGCAGUCUUGUCAAAAAAGGCCACUUUCAUAUUGGGCUCAACUAAAGGCAUCUAGACUUUUCUUUGAAAGGCUCAGUAAAAAUGUGAAAUUCAGACUGCAGGUAAAGUUCAGCUCCUCGGCCGCAGCAGGAGACUCACGUCUUAUAGGUAUUCGAACGGAACCAGUAGCACUUAAUGAGACAUGCAUGUGCCUUAUGUUUUUACAGCCUGUCUCUGAACUGGGAAACUCUGAACUCAUUAAGCUCUUACCUGUCUAACCAAAGACAAAAAGUCGAACACGUGAUGUGUCGUGCCUUAUUUCACCACCUUCACUCUGUUUCUAAGAUCUCACAGAGAAGAGGGAACAUGCUCACAUUUGGACAAUGGAGAAGAACUCUGCCACGUCAUCUUGUCCAAAUAUACCUCACAUUGAAUGAGUCAAAGCAGCGCCCUCUAGCUAUAGCAUUUUUUUUAACAGUGUCAUGACAGUCUGUGAGAAAAAGACUGAAAUACCAGCAGCACUUUGGCUCAAUCACGUAUGUUAUUAUGGGUGAGGAGGGAGGAGGGAUUAUUCAAACGUCGUAGUAUUAAAGAAAAUAAUCCCAAAAAAUGUCAGCAUAUGAAAAACAUCGUUUGGUGACGCUUCUGAUAAUCUGACGUGAUUUCAUCUUCUUUGUAACCUUUCUCUUUGCUUUUUUAUGUCCAUGUUUUGUUUCUGUUAUGCAAGAAUAAUGAGCUGAAACUGCCUUUUCUUAUAGAGUAACGGUCCCUGCAGAAUGUUAAGGGGCGUGUCAGUAUAUUUUGGAUACUUUUGUGUACAAAAAGACAACAGCAAAAAAACAAACAAAAAAAACAGAAAUGAAAUAGUGUUGUAUUUUAUAUAUAUAUAAUAGAACAUUUCAAUAUAGUGACAUGUCACUAAUAUAUUUAUUUACUAAUAUAUUUAUCCACUUGUUCAGGUUUGAGAGAGUGGUUUCUGUAUAGAAUGUUCCUAUAUGGAAACUGACCAGUGCCAUCAAAGAUGUAUCGACCUGCCUUCAUUCCAAGUAUAUGCAAAUAAAUUAUUUUGAAAUAAA